AUGACUGCCGAGACGACCGUCUUACACGACGCUCUGCCGUCGGCACACGGAAACACAGCCUCGCCAACGCCGCACGGCGGUGACGAGAAGCUCGACAGUGCAUCCUUGGCAUCAAGCUCAAGGCAUCGACGAGACAGUCGUCGAGAGCAUGAUAAAGACGAUGCCUCCCGGAGAGGACACUCGUCAAGGUCGUCGUCGUCGUUUCCAUACAGGGACGUUAUCAAGUCUGUGCUCUCACACGUCAUGACUAAGACCGAGGCGCCGUCUUCACAGAGCGACAUGAAGGACAAGCAGGUCGAGGAUGUCGUUAGGGGACUUGCUAUGGAGGAGUGGAAUUCGCGGUGGCUGGAUGAGUUGGUGGCCAAGGUCAAGGGCGAGCUCAACGAUGGAGCAGACCACGGCGACGAUGGUUCAGUCUCUGAUGACGGUUCCGCUACUCAAUCAAGCACAGCUUCAUCAAAAGACACCAUGAAGCGAUAUCAGCCUACAGUGGAAGAUUACAACGAAGAUGAAGACGAACCAUCAGAUUUUGAGUACGGCUUCACACCAACAAUAUCUCUAGAUGACACCCAACCCCUCACCCGCACCUCCUCCCAACUCUCCAAUUCCUCCGCAGACUCCUCCUGCAGCACCCCAAGCAACUCAUCCGCAGACUCCUCCACAUCCAAAGACUCCCUCCCCACCCCUCCAAGCUCCGUCUCAUCGGAAUCCCCUACCCCACGACCAACGGUUCGCUUCGCGGAGAAGCAGCCUCCAGUCAUCCACUACACCCCGGAGCCUCCUGAACCCGAACCUGAGCUUGAACCAGAGCCCGAACCAUAUCAUUCUCACUCCUCGGCUUCGCAUCUGAGACCUCCUGCGGCUGAGAGACAGGGGCCGUCAUGGACGUUGCUGUUCAAUGAGAGAGAUGAGCCGACGCCUGCUUUGGGCCGGUUCCUCCGCGGCCUGGCAAACCAUAUUAUUGCCGAGUACUCUCCAACAGACUCUCUCGUCAUCACCCCUGAUAAGCUGUUGAAGUUUUACUCCCGGUACAAGCUCGACAACGAAUUCUUUCCCUUCCAACGCGUCUUCGACACCCGCUACCACAAAUCCCUCCGAGGCCUCUCCUUCCUCUUCUCCGACCUCCGCUGCGAGCACCACUUCGUCCAGUCCUCCAUCGACUCCAAGCCCUCCAUUCCCGCCCUCACCCCGGCCGGCUUCGAGGACUGGAUGACCCUCAUGGUCCGCGCCUUUCCCGACCGCGAGGCGAAGCGCCUCGACCUCGUCCUCGCAGACAUCCCGCUCCUCGCGGACGACAGGCACGCCCGCCUGCCAGCCGCACAGAGACUCUUGCCGAGAGAACUUCCCCGCGAGUUGUUCCCUGAAAGGGGUCAUGUGAGGGUGUUUGAUCUCCUGGCUUCGUCGUUUGCAGAGUGGAACACCAUCACUGCCGUCGUCGUGCCCCCUGAGGCCGUAGCGUCCUCUCAUCCUCAGCUGCACUCCCAACUUCACGCAUACUCCCUCUCCCCAAGCCUCCCCUCCUCCCUGCAAAAGCUCCCCCCCGCAGCAAGCAAGGCCCUCAAAGAAGACACCCGCCGCCACAAAGACGCCUGCUACAUCGACCAGACCCGCCUCCGCCCAUCCUCCCUGAUAUACCCAUCCUCCCCCGCAUCCCCCACCUCCUCCUUCUCAACCACCUCAUCCGUACCGCUCGACGCAAAGCCCCAGCCCGACCAGCAAUCUUCCGCUUCCUCCUCAUCAUCAUCCUCAUCCUCCUCCAAGCACCGCGCGUCUCGGUCCCGCGAGCGGGAUUCCCGCCAUCGCACCUCGGACAGAUCUUCUCGCCGGUCGCGCGAGAGGUCACCUCCUGGUGGACGACGCCAUCACAAGAGUCGGCGGCACAGGGCUUCGAGCCCAGACUCGACGGAGCAGAGAUAUAGUUCUGGAAGGGGUGAUGAGAGACGAAGGGAGAGGGAGAGAAGGGGAAGCGGCUGA